UGGAGCCCAACCCUCCUCCAUCUCUUCCUCCUCCAUCGCCUCCCUCCUCUCCCAGUAAGUUGGAUGUGAUCGGCUCCGGGCCCUGCUGCCGUGAGUUGUCGGUGCGGGCGCUGCUGAACAUGGCGUCGGACGGGAUGAUUUUAACGAACCACGACCACCAAAUCCGGGUCGGAGUCCUGACAGUGAGCGACAGCUGCUUUCGAAACCUGGCAGAAGACCGCAGCGGCGUCAACCUCAAAGAUCUGGUCCACGACCCGUCCCUGCUGGGCGGCAUGAUCGUGGCCUACAAGAUAGUUCCGGAUGAAAUAGACGAAAUAAAGGAGACUUUGGUGGACUGGUGCGAUGAAAAGGAGCUGAACCUCAUUCUAACCACCGGGGGCACCGGCUUCGCCCCAAGAGACGUCACACCUGAGGCCACCAAGGAGGUGAUAGAGCGUGAGGCUCCUGGGAUGUCGCUGGCCAUGUUGAUGGGGUCGCUCAAUGUCACGCCGCUCGGCAUGCUCUCCAGACCUGUGUGUGGGAUCAGGGGGAAGACGCUCAUCAUUAACCUACCUGGAAGCAAGAAAGGCUCCCAGGAAUGUUUUCAGUUCAUCCUUCCUGCGCUGCCUCACGCCAUCGAUCUGCUCCGGGACGCGGUAGUGAAAGUAAAAGAGGUGGCAGACGACUUGGAGGACCUGCCUUCGCCGCCGCCACCUCUCUCGCCGCCGCCAAACAGUUCGCCGCGCCGGCAGACGGAGGACAAGGGCGUGCAGUGUGAGGAGGAGGACGAGGAGAAGAAAGACAGUGGCGUAGCGUCCACCGAGGACAGCUCCUCGUCCCACAUCACUGCUGCAUCAAUCGCCGCCAAGAUCCCAGACUCCAUUAUCUCACGGGGCGUUCAGGUGCUGCCUCGGGACACAGCGUCGCUCAGCACCACGCCCUCGGAAUCGCCUCGUGCCCAGGCCACGUCCCGCCUCUCCACCGCUUCCUGUCCGACGCCAAAGGCGCGGCUCCCCUCCUGUUCAUCCACUUUAAGCAUUGCUGAGGCCUCACGGAGAGAAUUCAGGGCUCACCUGGAUGAGGUCAUCACGCUCAAGUCAAGGUACUCUACCUUGGACCAGCUCCAGUGUAGGUUGGAGGGGCUUAAAGAUGAUCGCAGGAGGACCUUCAGCUCUCGAGUGCAGUCACGAUGCAGCAGCAAAGAGAAUAUCCUAAGAUCAAGUCACAGUGCAGUGGACAUCACCAAGGUGGCCCGGAGACACCGCAUGUCGCCCUUCCCCCUCACCUCCAUGGACAAGGCCUUCGUCACUGUGCUGGAGAUGACCGCCGUCCUGGGCACCGAGAUCAUCAACUACAGAGAUGGUAUGGGUCGGGUCCUGGCUCAGGACGUUUAUGCCAAAGACAACCUGCCGCCUUUCCCUGCGUCUGUCAAGGACGGCUAUGCUGUGAGAGCGGCUGACGGCCCGGGAGAUCGCUUCAUCAUUGGAGAGUCUCAAGCUGGAGAACAGCCCACCCACACGGUGAUGCCUGGUCAGGUGAUGCGGGUGACCACAGGAGCCCCCAUCCCCUGUGGCGCCGACGCCGUGGUCCAGGUGGAAGACACCGAGCUCCUGCGGGAAUCAGAAGAUGGCACAGAGGAGUUGGAGGUACGGAUCCUCGUCCAGGCCCGUCCGGGUCAGGACAUCAGGCCCAUAGGUCAUGACAUCAAGCGCGGCGAGUGCGUUCUGGCCAAGGGAACCCACAUGGGCCCGUCUGAGAUCGGCCUCCUGGCUACCGUCGGGGUCACAGAAGUGGAGGUGCAGAAGUUCCCGGUGGUGGCCGUCAUGUCGACGGGGAACGAGCUGCUGAACCCAGAAGACGACCUCCAUCCCGGGAAGAUCCGAGACAGUAACCGGUCCACGCUGCUCGCUACCAUCCAGGAGCACGGCUACCCGACCAUCAACCUGGGCAUCGUGGGAGACAACCCUGAUGACCUUCUCAACGCUCUGAAUGAAGGCAUCAGCCGUGCCGAUGUCAUCAUCACCUCAGGAGGCGUCUCCAUGGGAGAGAAGGACUAUCUGAAGCAGGUGCUGGACAUCGAUCUUCACGCUCAGAUCCAUUUCGGUCGUGUUUUUAUGAAACCAGGUUUGCCAACAACAUUCGCGACCCUGGACAUCGACGGUGCUCGCAAACUCAUCUUCGCCCUCCCAGGUAGAAACCCCGUGUCUGCCGUGGUCACCUGUAAUCUCUUUGUCAUCCCCGCCUUGAGGAAGAUGCAGGGCAUCCUGGACCCGAGACCCACCAUCAUCAAGGCGCGGUUGUCCUGUGAUGUGAAGUUAGACCCUCGACCUGAGUACCACCGCUGCAUCCUGACGUGGCAUCACCAGGAGCCUCUGCCAUGGGCACAGAGCACAGGGAACCAGGUGAGCAGCAGACUGAUGAGCAUGCGCAGUGCUAACGGGCUCCUGAUGCUACCUCCCAAAACAGAGCAAUACGUGGAGCUGCACAAGGGCGAGGUGGUUGAUGUCAUGGUCAUCGGCCGGCUAUGAUGUCAUCACAGAGGGACGGUCGUUUAGCGCGGAUGGGAAUGGGUGGUUCACGGUGCAUGUCCACAUAUCAUUGACUAUUCUGUAAUAUGCAACGGCACAGCUAGUUUUUCUUGAUUUGGAUAACGUUGAGGUAGAGUCAACAUCUCGAUCACGACCUAGGUACAUACGGAGAAAAAAUAUCAACUAUAAAAAAAAAGAUUAUAGUAUUUCAAAUACAAGAUAUAACUUUUAAUGAAAAAAUCUAAUUAUAAAAAAGAGAUUUAUUCUGUAAUAUAUUAUUAUGAUUAUUCCUAUUAUUAUCAUCAUUAUUAUUCUUAUUAUUCUCAUCAUUAUUCUAUUAAGGCGACUUUGUUCCUUUCAUUGCAAUUGCUUUGUGUGUUCAAUGCUAGACCUUAUCUAUAGCAGUAGCAUUUUAAUAGACAGCUGUAGGUGCCUGCCGGGACGAAAAAAAUGAAAUUAUUUUCUCAUCUUUAGUGGAAAAAAAAAAUGAAUAAUCUGUUUUUUAAAAUAUGAAGAGGAAGACUCCAGAUUUCCCACGGUGCUUGGCUAAGAGGAGGGGGGGGCACUUCCUCUUCUGAGAGCCCAUCAAGGUGACACUUUGGUUUUUCUCUCAUUAGUAUGCAUCAUUAUGGCUUCACAAAGAGCUUUGCUUGUUGUUUAUCUUGUGAGUCUUGUUUAUGUGCGCAGUGCCAAAAUGCCUGGGCAGGAGAGAGAGAGGCAGUGGUGGGAGGGGGAGGAGGAGGAGGAGGAGGAGGGGCGAAACCUGAAAUCGGCCCUGACCCUGACGCUUCCUCUUCCACACACGGUGACCAGGUGAACGUUGCUCCGCCCCUCCCCCCCUCCUUCGAGCUCUCCGCCCCACGAGGGGCGAGCCGAACCUGGGAAUACACUCUUUUAUUUGGUCCAAUAUUUACGAGGGAAAAUAAGAAACAGCUUCUUUAAGUGCUGACAGCCUUUUUAACCACAAAAAAUGUACAGAGAAAAGACAUAGGAACCAUAUUGUACAGAUCUAUGUGACCAGCACUCCUGAGGAAAUUAUUAAGCAAUGAGGAGACAUUGACCUACGCUGUACUAUAACAUUUUCUGUAAUGAUAUGAAACUGAUGAAAGAGACUACGAUAAUAAAAAUCCUUGAUCAUUAUGUACAAAAAAAGUUCUUGUUGGGUUUCCUUUUUAAUAAAAUAUAUACAAACAAAUCAACAAGUGCUUUUUUCUCGUUAGCUUCCACCUUAAGUUGGUGAGUUGGACCUCGGAACCUCCAACUUCCUGUAGUCAUCAUUUCAUUGUGAUUGCUUCUGAAUUAAAGGUACCUUCUUUUCCCCACCACUGGUGAACAGCACUGUUCCCCACCUGAAUCCCCGUGAUCCAUCAGUGCAUUUAUAAGUGACUCUGAAUGUGUUAGUGUCUCUCAAAUC